AUGUGUUUGGAGGCGAUUAAUCGAACGUUGGUAGCACAAAUCACGGUACUUACUUCUACCAUGCUAGUCAAGAAGGAUUGGUCUCCAAUGACUCAAACAUUCAUGCUGGAAUUCGUACAACUCUUUCUGGAUUGUCAGAUUAUGAUGAUGAUGCCGAUUGCGGGGGAUGGCGUAGCUUAUUUGGCUACUGACAUUGACGUCCUUGACCCCGCUUAUGCUCCCAAUACGGGUACCCCUGAAAGCGCGGGACAAACCACUAGGGAAUUACGUACAAUUCUCCGCGGCUUGGAUGGAAUUAAAUCUUAG